AUGGGACGCGUAUAUGGACAUGGAAAGGGUAUUUCCCAAAGUGCUCUCCCUUAUCGUCGUUCUGUGCCUUCAUGGCAGAAAAUGUCUGCCGAUGAGGUUAAAGAACAAAUUUACAGGCUUGCUCGUAAGGGUAUGACUCCAUCCCAAAUUGGUGUCAUCCUUCGUGAUAGCUUUGGUAUUAAUCAGGUUCGUUGGCUUGUCGGAAGCAAGAUCGUUCGUAUUCUUAAAACUGCCGGUCUCGCUCCAGCCAUUCCCAAUGAUUUGUAUCACCUAAUUAAAAAGGCUGUUGCUAUCCGCAAGCAUCUUGAAAGAAAUCGCAAAGAUAAGGACGGCAAGUACCGACUUAUCCUCACUGAAAGCCGUAUCCAUCGCAUUGUGCGUUAUUACAAAAGAAAGCGGGUUCUACCACCAAAUUGGAAAUAUGAUAGUUCCACCGCUUCAGCUCUUGUUGCGUAA